CCAGAACGUCGUGCGCGCGACAAACUACACAGGAGCUCAGAGGCAACUCUCAAGGGAUGGGCCACCAGCUAUGCGGUUCUGGCGGGUCCCUUCGAGGAUCUUCAAAGAUGCCGUUCGGGGCUGGAAGAAGACCGCAAGCCCUCCCCGGGCUCCCCAAUCCUGAAGGCCUUGGUUCCGGGAAGUGGAAGCAAGGUAAAGGGAAAGCAACUGGCACUCACCGUCCAUGGUCUCCCUCACCGCAUUCAAAUUGGCUGCCGCCGACGCCGACGCCCCGGCGCCGCUGCCACUAGCCAUAGCGAAGGCCGAGGGAGGCGGGAGAAGGGCCUGACCCGGAACUGUAGCGCCUUCCUUUCUCCUGGGCAAUCACAGCGCGCGUCGGGGCUCACGCCGGGCAGGCUCCGCCCCUCGCGCUCGUCGCCAACGUGAGGCUGCGUUGAUUUGAAUUUGGAGCCUCGUUACUCAGCGCGGAAUGGAGAGCGAGGAGUUGCCUUUCGAAUUUACUCCGCCGCCUCGAUGCGAUUGGUCGGUUCGCGAACAACGGUGCGACACCAUUGGCCAGUCCGUCCCCAACCCCGUGCUCUGGUUGGCCUAAGACAGCGCGGAAGCGGGGAGUUAAAGAGUCUCUGUCGUGGGAGCUGGCCGAGCCCCCUGGGAGCGCCCUGGAGUGGAUAUCGGGGGCUUCCUUUUUGUACACACUUGUAGUUUGUUUUCUGUGCUAUGGGAGAUGUCAAAGAAUUAAAAAUGCAAAUAACACCGGAAACUCCAGGAAGGAUCCCUGUUUUAAAUCCUUUUGAAAGUCCUAGUGAUUAUUCUAAUCUCCAUGAACAAACUCUUGCCAGUCCUUCUGUUUUUAAAUCCACAAAAUUACCAACUCCAGGGAAAUUUAGGUGGUCUAUUGAUCAACUAGCUGUAAUAAAUCCUGUAGAAAUAGACCCAGAAGAGAUUCAUCGUCAAGCUUCAUACUUAAGUCAUUCUCGAAUAGAUAAAGAUGUGGAAGACAAAAGACAAAAAGCCAUUGAAGAGUUUUUCACUAAAGAUGUCAUCGUACCCUCUCCUUGGACUGAUCAUGAAGGGAAACAGCUUUCAGAGUAUCAUUCCAAUAAAUGCAUUAACAUAAAUAGUGACUCUCCAGUUGGAAGAAAGCUGAGUAUUCAUUCUGAGAAAAGCAAUGCUGCUUGUCAGACAUUGCUGUCUCUUCCUGUGGAUUUUAAUUUAGAAAAUAUAUUAGGUGACUAUUUUAGAGCUGAUGAAUUUGCAGAUCAGUCUCCUGGAAACCUCAGUUCUUCGUCUCUCAGAAGAAAGCUUUUUUUAGAUGGGAAUGGAAGUAUCUCUGACUCCUUACCUUCGGCUUCUCCCGGAAGUCCUCAUAGUAGUGCUCAAGCCUCACUUGAGGUGUUUUAUUCAAUAGAUUUAUCUCCUGUACAGCAUAAGAGCCCUGUGCAGACACCAAGUUCGGAGCAGUUUUCUUCUAGUCCUAUUCAGGCUAGCAAAAAAUACAGUUUGGGAAGCAUAACCAGCCCUUCACCUAUUUCUUCACCCACUUUCUCACCAAUUGCACUUCAAAUAGGAAAGACACCACUCUCAGAUCAAAAGAAGUUUACUUUUCAUUCUCCUGAUGCUUCAUCUGGAACAAAUUCUAAUGGAAUUACUAAUCCAUGCAUCAGAAGUCCUUAUAUAGAUGGCUGCUCACCAAUUAAAAAUUGGUCUCCUAUGAGACUUGAGAUGUGUAGAGGUGGUUCUCAGUAUCGGACCUCACUGAUUAGGAUACCUUUUACUCUUGAGACUCACAGUGAAGAUGAAGAAGAUAAAGAUAAUGUUCCUUCCACAGAAGUCUCAUCUCCCGUCAUUGAUGCUGCAGAAAUACACCUUCAGCAAUUGAAUAGUGACAAUUCUACACGUGGCACACAUUUAGUUGUGACUGCCAUGUCCAUUACACAAAAUCAGUCCAGUGUUUCUGAGAAGGAAUUAGCACUGUUGAAGGACAUUGAAAGUGAGGAGAAUGACACUGUGGAUAUGGUUGAUCCUGUAGAGACAGUAGAUGAGAACACUUGGAUUAAGGAGCCAGUUGAUAAUGGGAGUUUGCCUAUGACUGAUUUUGUGAGUGGAAUUGCCUUCAGUAUUGAACACUCUCAAAUGUGUAUGUCACCUCUUGCAGAAAGCAGUGUUCUCCCUUGUGAAAACAGUAACAUUCAGAUGGAUAGUGGUUAUAAUACACAGACUUGUGGAAGCAACAUUAUGGAUACCAUUGGGACAGAAAGUUACUGCAAAGAAAGUGAUGCUCAAACCUUUGAAGUUGAGAAUAAAUCUCAAGUUUUUAAUACAAAGGAAGACCACACAACACAGAGGUAUUGGAUGAAAGCAGCAACUCCAUCUCAGUACAGCAGUACAUAAAACACCUCUGUCAGAACCAAAGAUUGUUGCUGAAUAGCUCCUUGUGUAUUUUUAUGCACAGAUCAAUAAUGUGAUGGUGAUUGGGGAAAAAUUGCUUCAAGUAACAUUGCUUUUUUUCCUUUCCCUCCAUAAUGUGAAAAAUCAAGGGCUUAAUUUAGUGACAUAGGAACAACAGAAAAACUCCUAGAACUUCAAGUUGCUGAAUUACAAGUUUAUUUUUUGUCAAUAAAUAUUUUUGUACUCA